ACCGAUUACAGUUGAAGCUAUUUCUCUAUGAAGUGAAGCAGCAACAGUUGUUAUCAGGUGUCCGGACCUUCUUGAAGGUGUAUUCAACCAUAUCCAUUGCAAAGCUUGCCAAUUACAUGGAGGCAGAUGAACCCACUCUAAGGACAUGAUUCAUGUAAUUGAAUCAAAACCAUCGAAGCUGUAUGGUAAUUACUUUUUGUGGCAAAUUGUCAAGCUUGAAGGGAUGAUAAAUGAUAUGGAUCGGAUAAAGCUGGACUGAGGCCUUUUAACUUUCUAGAAGUUGACCCCCUUGGCAGGAAUUUUGUUUUAUAUCAUCAUUUUCCUGCAUAUUAUUUUUGAAUUAGAGCAACUUGGUUAGCUUUGAAAUGUAAUUUUCUUGUACUCUGCUGAUAGAGAUAGUAAUGUAUUUGGAAUGCUGUAUGCUAGGCUUUGUGCUGAAAAGAAAAGUUAUUGUAACAAUAUAUAUAAAUUAAAAAAAAAUCAUCCACUUUUGUAUUUUUUAAAAUCGCAGAUUGAUUUGGCAGAGUGCUCAAGUGCACGCAUGCAUUAUGACUGGUGGGUGUACCAACCGAGACUACAACAACAAUUAAGCCCUAAUCCUGAACUAGGGGUGUGCCAACCGAGACUAAGAUAAUGUUGGGGAUACAUUUAUUCUUUGCUGGCUCUUGAUUGUUAUGCUUUGCUCCUUGACUAGUUUUGAACAAUAGAAUGGAUAAUGUUCUUAUGAGGUUGGGAUUCUGCUGUUAUCUGUCUGCAUCAAGAACCAACCCUGAACGUUAGCAGGAGCUUGUUGCUGAGGUUUAAAAGCAAACGUCCUCCAGGCCAUCCUACGGGAACUAAUUGUGUGAUGAAUGGUUUUAACAUUUUGGCUUUCAAAUACUGGAAUUUUUGGAUAGGAAAUCUUGCGAGAGUCUGCUUCCAUCCAUAUGUUACCGUUUUAUUAUUUUGUCAAACUGUUAAUUUGUACUGAAUAGAAUACUAAUCAUGUGAAAAAUGAAGUCUUAAUUAAAAAGAAAAUAUUUAUUGAUGUUGAUGUUAAUGGUCCUUGGGCAAUCAGACGUCAAUCAUUUGGUGUUUUGUACUUUGAAUGUUAGGUCUUCUUAGGCUUUUGGCGUUAUGUACACGUUUUCUGCUUUUUUGCAUCUGUCUUUCAACGCAUGUAGGGGUCGUCCUGUCUCUCAGCACACCUCAGGAGCAUCUCCACUAGAAUUGGUAUCUCUCUCUCAGCACACACAACCCUACCACCGAAACCCCACACUAAAGCAGUUACACCAAGAUUAGCAAUGGUCAGGUGCCCGAGAUGUAGCUUGCACAACUCAAUAAAGUUAUUGAACCUGAUAAUGGUCUUCUUUGCAAUUGGAAUAAUCAUCUACUCCCUCUGGCUUGACAAGAAGUGGCAUCAAUUUUUUUCUGAGCUACAUCCUGCCUCACCUCCGCCAAAACCUUGGUUUAUAUAUACAUGUUCAGGUGUGGGAAUUGCUGUCUGCUUGAGCACCCUAUGUGGUUAUAUGGCAGUUAAUUCUAUCAGCAAUUACACUAUUUGUUCUUAUAUUUUCAUUGGCUGCUGCCUUCUUUUCCUUGAAGUGGCUGUUAUUGUCAUAGUUUUCUUCAAGAUGGAUCUGUUAGCGCAAAUUGCUUCAAGUAUUGAUGAGUGCCAUAAAAAGAUUGAGAGUUUCCUGAGAUUCCAUGUGAGGCUAAGUCGCGUGAUUGUAUUGUUGAUUUCAGCAGCACAGAUGAAUGCUGUUGCUCUUUCUGUGAUUUUUUGGGCAGCACGAAUGGAGUCGAGAAUAGAUUUCAAUCAAUCAAAUGCAACUCGUUUCACUCAAUCCUUUUUGGUGCCUAACUUCCCUGAAUCAGAAACCUCAAGACAAUCCUUUACAAGAUAUGAAAUUUUACCACAACAGAUUGAACAAGGAGCUCUAUUGUCAUAUAUUCGUAAAAUAAGAGAGCGAUUUCAAAGAAGAAACAAUACCCAUUAAUCUCUCUCUCUCUCUCUAGUGUGUAUGCAGAAUGAGUCUGUAAUGUUAGAACUUAGAAUAGAUGUUUGAGAGGCUGAAGAAAAAACCUUGAAUAAUUUUUUACUUCAAACAAGCACAAUUGAAGUACUAA